AUGGCGGGGUGGGCUGGGGCGGCUGGGCGGACGGGCUCCGGCUGUGCCACCGCUCGCCAUGCGCCCGCUUCCUCGCCUGCACGGGCUGCCUCUGCGGGCUGCGGAGCUGCGUCCCGGUGCGCGGCCACAGCCGGCAGCACGGCACCGCUGUCGGCCAGGACGUCAGCGCUGGGCAGGCCGCCAGGCAGGAGCCGGUGCCCGCACGCCGCCCUGGCUGGCGGCCACAGCGAGGGGCGCUCCGGCGGCCCCGGCCCGGGGCGAUGCGCGGCGGCGGCGGCGCCCGAGAGCUCCGGUGCCGCCCGGUGCCCGCGCCGUGCGAGGCCGCGCCGCGCCGCCGCUUGUGCUGCGGAGCGCGGCAGGGAGCGGGACGAGCCGCGGUGUCCCCGCCGGUGGCGGCGGCCCGCACUGACAGCCCCAGCCGCGCUGCCCCCCGCGCUCCCCUCUGUGUGUGCCGAGCACCGCACCGGGCGGCUGGCCGUGACCGCCGCCAGGAGAGCGCUGGGUGCAGGCACCGAGAGCCACCGGCAGGAGCUGCUCACCGGCCUGACAGACCUCAUCCCGCCGCACUUGCUGCCUCAGCUCCACCUUCACUGGCUGCUCGAGGAUGGGAGCUGGGCCACGCAAGAGGGCAGCUGGGGGGAGAGCAGAGGCUUCUUCAUAGAGCUGGAGAUUGUCUUCCAAGGGUUAUGUGAAAUUUUCACUGCUGGGUUCUCUCUGGAGAGCUGCAUCACCACCCUGGCCUGGCACUAGAAAGAGUGUAUUUCCAGCCAGCUCAGUCCCUGUUAUAUCCUGUAUCCUGUGGCAAAACUGGAGGCCACAGAAACCUCAGAGGAAGACAGUGAAGAUUAGAUUACCCAAAGGACUGAAGACAAUCAGUCUUUGAGUGGCAUUUGCACAGAGGCUGCUGCCAGUGUGCCUAAGGCAAUGGUUUGGAAGUCCAGGCAGCUGAUUUGCACCAGGCAGGACAGGCUCAAUGUACAGAUCCAGGAGGAUGGCCACCUGGGCAUCUUCCAGAAAGGCCCAAGUAACUACACUUGCCACUUCUACCUGGCCUUCCUGCUGGCCCAUCUUGCUGUGCUGAGUUCAAACAGGAAUCUGUUGCAGAGGGAAAUGCUCAGUAGACCAUGGGAGAGGGGAUGUGAUGCCCGUCAGGCUGGGUGAGACAGUGCUGAUGGCCUCUUGGAGGUCCUAAAGAGUUCCUGGAAAAACUCUUUGGAUAAAUCCCUGGUGGUGUCCUUCCUCACAGCAGAGAUCAGCCACAGUAGUGAGGACUUGGAGCACAGGACUCUGUGGGAGCUGGCUGACAGCUCAGCAGGCCCUCCGCUGAGUGAAGCUCCAGCACCGAGUGGGAGCUGAGCUGGGUGCUUCCACUGUGUCCUACCUUGCACCCUCAUUCCCCUCAGCCUGUCAUUUCCUCGGCGUGGAAGGGGCAGUUUGGGUCCUUGAUCUGCUGAGUGAGCGUCACUUUGUGCAUGGGGCAGCAGAGGAACUGGAUUGGGGGCUCCUGAUCCUGCAGGAAGGGUGACAGUCACUGACCUGGCUAACAGCUGUGGCCAGGAGCCAGCUCUGGGUGGUGCAAUGUGGGAGGUGCUGGUAUCCUGGAAUCUGCUGAGUUGGAAGGGACCCAUUUGGAUUGUGUCCAACUCCCAGUCCUGUGCAGGACACCACAAAAAUCUCACCAUGUGCCUGAGAAUGUUGUCCAGACACUUCCUGAACUCAGACAGGCUUGAUGUUAUGACCACUGCCCAUGGGAGCCUGUUCCAGUGCUCAGCCAACCUUCAGGUGAAAAACCUUUUUCUGAUAUCCUGUCUCAAUCUUUCCUGACUCAGCUUUAUACCAUUUCCUCGAGUUCUGUCACUGGUCAUGACAGUGAAGAGACCAGUACCUGCCCCUCUCCCUCCUCUCAUGAGGAUGCUGAAGACCACAAUGAGGUCUUACCCCAGUUUCCUCUUCUCCAGGCUGAACAGACCAAGUUAAUCUCUAAUGUUUCUCAAAAGCUUUCCUUCCAGUGCCUUCACCAUCCUCGUUGCAUCUCUUGAAUGUUCUCAAAUACCUCAAUGUAUUUUUUAUAUUUUGGUGCCAAAACUGCCCCCAGGACUUGAGGUGAGGCUGCACCAGUGCAGAGCAGGGCCGGACAAUCCCCUGCCUUGCUGACAAUGCUGUGUCUGAUGUCCCCAGGACAGGAUUGGCCCUCCUGGCUGCCAGGGCACUGCUGAUCAUGUUCAACUUGCCACCAACCAGGACCCCGGGUCCCUUUCCACAGUGCUGCUCUCCAGCUUCUUGUUCCCCUGUCUGUUUGUACCACCAGGAUUGCCCUAUACAAGGUGCAGAAUGUCAUUUGCUCUUGUUAAACUUCAUACUUUCAGUGAUUUCCCAUCUCUCCAAUUUGUUGAGGUCUCUCAGCAGGGCCUCUCUG